AUGACUGAUUUAGUUGAUGAAGUACAAUUAAGAACGGCAGAAGAAGCUAAGACUGUUUCUGCUUUCAAGGUAAGAAAAAAAUAUAUUUAAUUGAACAUAUAGAUCAAUAGGUAGUUGAUUGUUUGGUUACCAUAGUGAAUUUUAAUACUAUAUGUGUGAAUGUAUGACUCAUUCUGUUCUUCAACUAAAGUAAUAUUUUUAAAAGUUAGACAAUUUCUUUUUUCAAUUAUAUAUCUUAAAAUAAAAAAUAUAGAAGUGUGUUAUAUCAUGCAUUAAAAACUCUCAUUCGUGUGUACUUACGAUGAUAUACAGUAGCAAAUAAUUAUAUAUUUAUUCGUUCUUUACAAUUGAUUUAUUUUCUGCAUUAUAAAAUAGAAAAAUAAAUAAGUAAUUUCUUUUUCUUUCCAGGUGAUUUUAAUAGUAUCAAUUAUUUGAAAAUCGAGAAGGUUUAUUAGAGAUUUUUUUAUCAUAGUCUGUAUCUCAUUACAUUUAUUAUAAUAACCUUUCAUUAUGAUAUUUGAAAAGAAUAAUUGGAUGUAGAGAAAUUCCGUCAAGAAUAAUUAAGUAAAAAAAACACAUAGUGUUAUGAAUAAUACAACCAAUAAGGAAUUCAGUCCUCCUGCUGAGAUAUGAUAAUAACACAAAAAGAAACAUAGUAUAAUUUAACUGAAAUU